UGCUUGUCGUGCAGAUCAGAAUGGCACCAAGGCAAGCGGUUCCUGAAAUGCAAGAGGUUGGUCAGCCAAAGCUAACAUUCCAUUGGUAGAUAUAAGCUGCGAAGAAUAUCAGGUAUGAAUGACUACGCGAGAACUGGGUUAGGUACCAAAUUUCACUCGCUUGCUAGGCACUCCCCGAAGAUGAAAGGUUGCCUGAAGACAGAAUGCUCUUCAAAACCGCGAGAGUCCAACUUUGGCGGCGCUGCCCAGGGUGCAAGAUUGUUAUCGAGUUGAAGGACGGGUGCCGACAUAUAAUCUGCCGUUGCAAAACACAGUUCUGCUACAGAUGCGGGGCUUUGUGGUCCGAUGGGAAAUGUAGCAGAACUCCACCGUGUGAGCUCUGGUCUGAGGACGAGUUAAUUCGUCAUGAGCAGGAGGAGGAAGACCCACCUUCGCCGGAGACACACCCGCAACUCGGCCAACAGCUUUUCCACGUACAAGAGGCGUUCGGACCCCCAAGGACGAUUAGUUCGGAGCCACUCACAUCGGUUCUACAAGAAGUCAUUGAGGCCUUGGCACACCCGCCCGAGCCAAAACCAAAUUUCACUGCUGCCUCCAUCUUUUCCCAAAGUCAAAGGGCCAGAGCCCACAAUGUUCUCCACUGGAGUGAGGGCCCCGGCGAGAACACAACCGAUUGGAACACUUUCACUGCUGAUAUGAUCGCCCGUCUCACCUGCGGCUAUUGCUCCCGGCGGUUCUUCAAUUUGCGCGCCCUCGAACAGCAUUUAAAUCAUGUCCAAAAACAUUUGGUCUUCAAAUGUUGUGAAAAAUGCUUUAGGGAAUCCGAUGACCUCAGGAGGCACAAAGCUGCUGUGCACGGCUAGCUCUUGAAUAUUGAUUUACUUGGCAAGCAGAGUAUCUUGGAUAAAUGCUAAUCUCAUCGGUAUCACGGCUAUUUACCUGUUUCGAUGAAACUCC